UAUUUAUGGACGAACUAAAAUGGAAAAACAAGGACUGCUAUUCGCGAACGGAGGGAGUAAUUUAGAGCAGCAAGCAACAUCACAUGACAAAUCAUCCCUCCACGAUCAUAAAUUGCACCAAAUUCUCAACAACUUAAUCGCCUAAUCACCCGACAUAUUCAACUUUUUAAACAUACUUUUUCGAUUAAAUUAGUGAAUCAACGCCGUAGCCCAAUUUCUCCUCCCACUUGUCGCACUCCCACCCUUCCUCUCUGGCCCUUCCUCUAUUCUUCUAACACGUGCGCACAAACAUUUGCCCCUUUCAAAGAUCUCUAAAAUUCCCAAAAUGUAGGUGAUCGAAGAUACAUUAUUUUUUCAUUUGGAUAAUAUUACUAGCACAUUAUAUAUACACAUUGAUUAAUUGAUUGAGUAGCUAGUAGUAGACUAGCAGCAUCUGCUUCUUCCAAAUACACAAAUCCUGUUAAUCCACAGAAGAGAAAAGCAUACCAGGACUGGAAAUUUCCGUACAGUACAUGUGAUGAACGAUGGAUGGUUUGAGCUCACCGCCGACGGUACAAAGCGGCACUAACGCUUCCUUCUUCAGUCCGUUACUCAUAUCGAUGCUCGGCAUAGUUGCCACAGUCAUCGCUAUAAUGGCCUACCACCUCUUACUCGCCAACUACUGCAUAAAGCGCCGCGCCGCAAAUGCCGACGCGGCACAACCGCCGCCUUCGACCGGCGUCGACGAGAAAUUCGUCAAAUCGAUUCCGAUCCUCGCCUUCUCCGUAUGGAAGCGCCGCCGCGGCGUGGAUCAGGGAGGAGAAUGCGCGGUGUGCUUGGGGGAAUUCGAGGACGAGGACUCUGUGCGUCUGCUGCCUAAUUGCACUCACGCCUUCCACGUUUCCUGCAUCGACCAGUGGUUCGCGGCGCACACCAGCUGUCCGCUCUGCCGGAUGCCGGUGCUCAGCCGGAAAACAGAUUCCGCAGCGGCAUCUCCAGAUCUAGCCGUGGAUCCAAUUAAUCAUGGCGAGAGCAGUAGCGUUGAGCCUUCAUCGAUGGGGCAAUCGGUUGGAUUGCUCCGUAAUUGCGCGUCGUUGAUGACACCGAUGGAGGGGAGGUCGGCGGCGGCGCGGCUGAAGCGGUCGCUGUCGAUGGAUCCGUCGGUGUUGGUGAUUGAUCUGCAGAGGACUAAUUGUCCAGGUGCGACGUCGUUUUCGUCUUCUUCCUCCAGAGAUAUUACUAUAAGGAGGAGUGGGUCGUUGAGCCACUUCGAUCACAAGUGGCUCAGGUCCAUCUCGUGGUUGCGGACUUCUAAUCACUCAAAUUCAAUUCUGCCUUUCUAAAUUAAUUAUUUAUUAAUAGUAAUCAUUAGUAUGAGGAAAGCAUAGGAUGAUGUUCAUUAUCUUCGAAUUCACGUUUAUGAUCCAAACUUUAGUAAGUCUGUUGGA